CGGCUGCUGCAGUGUCUCCGAGGCAGGCAGGCGGCCGGGUCCUUCGAGCGGCUCCCAGCGCCCGGCAUGGCGGGUGUGAGCUUCGGGGCGCACCGGCUGGCGCUGCUGGCCGCCUACCAGGAGGUGAUCGGCGAGGGGAGCCCCACGGACUGGGCUCUGUACACCUACGAGGAUGAGUCUGACGACCUGAAGCUGGCUGCGUCGGGAGGAGGUGGCUUGCAGGAGCUCUCUGGCCACUUUGAGAACCAGAAGGUGAUGUACGGCUUCUGCAGUGUCAAAGAGCCCCAGGCAGCACUGCCCAAAUACGUCCUGGUCAAUUGGGUUGGGGAGGACGUGGCCGAUGCCCGCAAGUGUGCCUGUGCCAGCCACGUGGCCAAGAUCGCAGAGUUCUUCCAGGGUGUGGAUGUGAUCGUUAAUGCCAGCAGCGUGGAGGAUGUGGACCCAGGGGCCAUCGGGCAGCGCCUCUCCAACGGCCUGGCUCGCGUCUCCAGCCCUGUGCUGCACCGCCUGCGGCUGCGAGAGGACGAGAACGCCGAGCCUGUGGGCACGACCUAUCAGAAGACCGAUGCGGCUGUGGAGAUGAAACGGCUCAACCGGGAGCAGUUCUGGGAACAGGCCAAGAAGGAGGAGGAGCUGCGGAAGGAGGAGGAGCGGCAGAAGGUGCUGGAGGAGCGGCUGCGCUUUGAGCAGGAGCGCAUGGAGCAGGAGCGCAUGGAGCAGGAGGAGCGGGAGAGGCGUUAUCGGGAGCGCGAGGAGCAGAUUGAGGAGCACAGGCGGAAGCAGCAGACCCUGGAGGCGGAAGAGGCCAGGCAGCGUCUGCAGGAACAGUCCAUCUUCGGCGAGCAGCAGCACGAGGAGGAGAAUGGCCAGGAGCUCAAGAAGUCAGAGUCAGAAGUGGAGGAAGCUGCCGCCAUCAUCGCGCGGCGCCCUGACAACCCCCGUGAGUUCUUCAAGCAGCAGGAGCGAGUGGCCUCGGGCAGCUCUGAAGCCACGUCCCCAUUCAACCAGAGGACAGCAGGUCGUCUGCACUGUCCUUUCAUAAAGACACCUGACAGUGGGCCGCCUUCCUCCUCCUCCUCCUCUUCCUCCCCCCCGCGGACCCCCUUCCCCUAUGUCACCUGCCACCGCACACCAAACCUCUCCUCCUUCUUCCCAUGCAGCCAGUCGGACGCUCACAGAAAGGCCUCGGCCGUGGGCUGCAGCCCCUGUGACUCCAGCCCAGCCUCCACACCCAUCGGGGAGCAGAUCGAGAGGGCCCUGGACGAAGUGACGCAGCAGGCCCCGUGGAAAGACUCGCCUGGGCCCAGCAGCGAGGCGCCAGCGUCGCUGAUGGCAGACGAGCCGCCUGGGGGCCCUGAGUGGACAGCAGCGCAGGGGGGCGGGCUGGGCCCCACCGAGGACCUUGUGUUCGUGGAGCCCAGAGAGCCGCUGCUUUUCCCCGUGGCCAUGGUGCCCGCAGAGGGCGAGUCCUCAAGCCACGCGCAGCCCCCCAGCCCCAGCCCCGAGAGCCUUAUUGACCUGUGGCAGAAUGACAGCACCACCCCGCCCGCUGCCUGGGAGCUGGCCACAGCUGCGCCGCUGGGGCCCCCCACGCCCCUCCUGGUGGAGGUGGACGUGCCCCCAGCCACCCCCGCAUCCCCCGCUCCCCCUGACGACAACCUGCUGAACUUCGACGAGCUGCCCGAGCCACCAGCCACAUUCUGUGACGCGGAGCAGGACGAGGAGCCGGCCAGCCUCAUUGCGAUGGAGGGGCCGCACCAGAUGACGCUCAGCUACCAGCAUGCCCUGCAGGAGGCCACCAGCGGGCAGCAGGCCCCCGAGCCCCAGCUGCUGACCAACGGGGAGAUGGCCCAGAAGGAAGGGGUGCAGGCCAGCGAGGGCUACUUCAGCCAGUCGCAGGACGAAGAGUUCGGCCAGGUGGAGACGUCUGCCAAGACUCCUCCUGCUGUGUUCUACGCCAAGCCCCCCGAGAUCGACAUCACCUGCUGGGAUGCCGACCCGGUGCCUGAGGACGAGGAGAGCUUUGGGGGAAGUGUCUAAGGCUGGGCCCUGUGCGUGUCAGAGCCCCGGGACCGCCACCGUGAGAUCCCAGCAGUGCAAGACGGCCACAGGGAGGGGCCCAGCCCCAUCCCUCUCCGUCUGCCUGUGCCCUGGGCCCAGUUGGACAGGCCAGCCCCAUGGCACCCCUGCCCCCACAGGGCAACUUCUACAGCUUUUCUCUCUCUCUCUCUCCUUUUUUAAAAGUUGUCUCCCUAGGAGCCAUGUGGGUCCGCCCGCCCCCCCUUCCCCCAUAGCUCCAUGGUCCCCGACCCUGCUGCUCCUGCCUCUUUGCGUUGAGCUUGUAUAUUUCUGCGCACCCCUCAGCUCCCCCUACCCUGGUUCCCUGAGGGAGGCUGGGCAGCUGGUGCUCUGUGCAUGGGGCAGGGGCCUCAAUCGCCUCUCCCCUGCCAGCUCUGCCCAGAGCCCUGAGAACUUUGCACGAAUCAAAAAUAAAUAUGGCAAUAAAAUGACCCUGUGUGGGUGUGGCUCUGGCUGGCUGCAGCCCCUCACUUCAGCUGCACCCCAAGGUGCUUGUCCAGCAGAGCCCCGCUCCCAGAGGGGAAGUUGUUCCCCCUGCAGGUGUUAAGCACCCCUAGGGUGGGGUCUAGGAGAGAGAGCCAGUGCCAGGCUGCCUCUCCCUCCCUCCCUGCCUGAGGCUGUCUCAGCUGCAAGGACCCUGCCAGUCGCAGUAGGAGACCAUGUGGUGACCCCCCCCUGACUGUGAGCCCCCUGCGCCCCCCUCCUCGCUUGGCCCCCUUCUCAAGUACAGUAACUGGUUUUUUUGAAAGCACAAAUUGUGUAUUGGCAACGUGCUAAUGUAUGUUAAUAAAUAAAUUGCCUCCACCCUG